AUGCCGGCCUCGAAAGGAAACCUUACUGGCACUUCUGAUCCCCAGGCCGUCCCUCAUGGCCGCUGGGACUCGUUCCCUGAAGAGCCGUUUCCAUUGUACGCGGGUACGAAGUCAAUCAUCUACAGGUCUGAGGACGGAAAGGUUGUGGUGGGCAUGCUGAGAGAGAAGGGCGGGGAUACUCUGGUAUGGCCUGUGGAUGAGUUUCUAUUUGUGACGGAGGGUUCAAUUAAGAUGGAGGUUCAUGGCGGCGAGAGUUUUGUGCUGGGUAAGGGAGAUGUGAUGGUCAUGAAGAAAGGACAGACGAUUACUUUCGAGUGUAGUGACGACUUUGCGAAUGUGGCUGUAUUCAUGGACUCUCAAGAGAAAGUCACGCUUGUUUAG